ACACAUUUUUUUUUUCCAUCGAUGGCCAGUUAUCUAAAUACCACACAAUAACGCACUUAGUUGGACCAAAUCUUAUAAUAGUCAGUGUAUAGAUCUUUGCAGUGAAUGUUUGAAUGAGUUGAGAACUCAAGCGUACUCAACACAGAUUUGUGUUAAAAAACAAGACGAGCUCCUGUGUUAUCUCGAGGUAAAAACAAAACUAGAAUAAACAUGGCGUCUGUUGAUGCAUCUGGCGCUAACAAAUCUUGGGAAUUAUCACUGUACGAGCUACAUCGAACACCACAAGAAGCUAUAACAGACAACACAGAGAUUGCCGUUUCUCCCAGAAGCCUCCAUAGUGAGCUCAUGUGUCCGAUUUGCCUGGACAUGCUAAAAAAUACCAUGACAACCAAGGAGUGCUUACAUAGAUUCUGUUCUGACUGCAUCAUUACAGCUCUACGAUCUGGAAAUAAAGAGUGCCCUACAUGCCGCAAGAAACUAGUUUCUAAACGUUCUUUAAGACCUGAUCCUAACUUUGACAUGCUCAUUGCGAAAAUCUAUCCCAGUCGUGAUGAGUAUGAAGCACAUCAAGAAAGAGUCCUUGCUAACUUAAGCAAGAGUCAUUCACAGUCAGCCCUGCUUAAUUCAAUUGAAGAAGGAAUGAAAAUUCAAUCUCAAAAUAGAGCAACUAGGAUUAGAAAAAAUGCCCCUGAAAAUGAAACAGCAAAUUCGAUAACUACAACUCCAAAUGUCAGUGCACCUUCCACACCUACUCCAACAGAAUCCAUACCUUCAGCUAAGAAAAAACCUAAAUUAUCCACAAAUCUAUCUGAAAACGAAUCUACCGGCUCGGGGGCUGAAGGACCGAGUGAUCAUGGUGCUACAGAGAAACUUUGCGAGGAACAAAGUGGUCCUUCCUGUUCAGGCGGAAAAUCAUUUAAUGAGAUUGAAUUGGUAUUUAAACCACAUCCAGUGGAAAUGGGAAACGACAAUGAUCUGAUUAAAGCUCUCAAAGAAAAUUCCAUCAGAUAUAUCAAAACAACUUCAAACGCCACUGUUGAACACCUAAGCAAAUAUCUUGCCAUGAGAUUGACCCUGGAUUUAGAGUCCGAGAUACCGGACUCGCUAACCAACUUUUGUAUUUACAUCUCACCGGGUCCGAGCCAAUUUGUCGUUCUCAGUGGGAUGCAGACGCUGGAUGAUGUCAAUGAAAAAUACUGGAAAUCCAAUCAACCAUUAGAGAUGUUUUAUUCUUGGAAAAAGUCCAGCGUUCAAUGAAAAUUCACCUGUUCCGCGAAACUGGCAAACCGAGUAAGACGGAAGAAGGAAAAGGAUGACAUAGUUGAAAAUGAAGCGACCAAACUCUCUCAGACCCGGCUUAACGAAUGCUCGGUCAUUUACCUGUGUACAAGUGUUCUCACAUUGUUUCCCGUGUUGACGUUUAAGUUAAAUGUACUGCGAUAAAUUAAAAAAAAAAAAAAAAAAGGCAUUGGUUUACCCCGUGAGAUCACGCUCCGAUCAAAUGAAUGAAAUUUCAACACCUUUUUUCUCUUCGUAUCUCGAUGUAGAACAUUGACGCUUCGGUUGUCGGCGUUCGAUGGCGAACGCAAAUAUCUAACACGGCCGGUGGAAAAGUGGUGAAGCUCUUUAAGACAUUCGUGGGAAGUUAAAGGAAAAUUACGUACCUUGGGAAACGGAAAUGAAAAGCGAGGUUGAGGGAGAUGUGUCGCAUCGGCUCGUGGGAAUGGACAAGACUGUUAUAUUUUUGGUAUAUUCGUAUUUUAGACCUUAUAACAUCGAAAAUGCAUACCAAUGGAGCGACACUUUGCGCAUACCAUUACCACGCUACGAAUAGCUUAAAGAACGGCUUCAAAACCAACUGCACGCUCCAUUGCAUCCAUCGUAUGUUGCAGCUCGAUCGAUUUCUUAGUUGAGUGAUUUAUUACUUUAAUAAAUUGCCUUGUUGAGACAA